AUGGGACUGAUGGGUUUUGCUGCCUGCCAACAUCUGGGCGGCAGCAGCACCCCCUCUCACACCCUCCUCACCAUCCCCCUCUCCACCCUUCUGCCUCCCCCCUGCUUGCAACCCAACAGCAAGGCAGCGCAUGGCAGUUGCCCCUCACUCACCACGCCACUCUUCACCCCUCUGUCUCCCCCCCCCUUCCCCCGGCCACAGGGCAGCGCAGGGCAGUGCACGUGGGGCGAGUUCAGCUGCCACCCCGCUGGCUUCCUAUCACCCCUCCCCUCACCACCCCCUCUCACCACCCCUGACCCUUCAUGCCCCCACCCCCCUGACUCUCCUAUCACCGCAGGGCAGCGCAUGGCAGUGGACGUGGGCCGAGCCUGCCACUCCCCAUUUUCGCCGGUGCCCUUCACCACAUCACACCGCUCUCCAUCACUCUGCUCUGCCCGCAGGGCAACGCGUGGCAGUGGACGUGGGCGCGUUCAGCUGCCUGCCUGCUGCUCUUCGAUCACCCCUUUCACACCAAACCAAACCGCUAUCCCCGUUGCCCUUUACCCCAACCUAACCGCAGGGCAGCGCAUGGCAGUGGACGUGGGGCGAGUUCAGCUGCCUGCCUGUGCCGUGGAUCGCUGCUUCAUCAACGUGGCCGAUGUGCACCUGAGUGCAUGCGUGGGGCGUGCAGCAGUCUCCUUGAAGGCUCUGGCAGCUCUGCUAACCCAUCGCAACCACUCUCCACACCUCUGA